GUAGUUGUGUACGUGAUUAAAGUACGUUAGCAGUUGGCUUUUCUACUGUACAUCAUACUGUUUUAAAAUGUCACGCUUUCAUCUUUACUUAACUGAAGCUCAAGAGAAUGACCUACGCCGAAUUGCUCAAGCUAUUUGUGCUCCUGGCAAAGGAAUUCUCGCAGCUGACGAAAGCACAGCCACGAUGGGUAAAAGACUUCAACAAAUCGGAGUUGAAAAUAACGAAGAAAAUCGUCGUCUGUACCGCCAGCUACUUUUUAGUGCUGAUCACAAACUGGCCGAAAAUAUCUCUGGAGUAAUAUUAUUUGAAGAGACACUUCAUCAAAAGUCAGACGAUGGAAAGACUCUUCCCACUCUACUGGCCGAACGAAAUAUCAUACCAGGAAUAAAGGUUGACAAAGGCGUUGUUCCACUUGCAGGCACAGAUAAUGAGACAACAACUCAGGGUCUUGAUGAUCUUGCUUCACGCUGUGCUGAGUAUUAUAAACUUGGGUGCCGCUUUGCUAAGUGGCGUUGCGUUUUGAAGAUCUCUGCCCACACACCCUCAUAUCAAGCUAUGCUCGAAAAUGCCAAUGUACUUGCACGUUAUGCUUCCAUCUGUCAGCAGAAUGGUUUGGUACCGAUCGUUGAACCUGAGGUGCUUCCUGAUGGUGAUCAUGAUUUACUAACUGCUCAAAGAGUAACAGAAGAAGUUUUGGCAUUCGUGUACAAGGCUUUAGCCGACCAUCAUGUUUACUUAGAAGGAACGCUUUUAAAACCCAAUAUGGUCACUGCUGGACAGGCCUGCAAAAAAGCUUACACACCUCAAGAAAAUGCUUUAGCUACUGUGCGAGCUCUUCAGCGCACAGUCCCUCCAGCUGUUCCAGGUAUGAUUUUACCUUUUAGUUAAUUGAUCUUGAACAAGCCAUGGUGGACUACAAUCAAACUUCUUCGUUUUUAACUGUUUGAUUUUAGGUAUCACAUUUUUGUCUGGAGGUCAAUCAGAAUUGGACGCUACUAAAAAUCUGAACGAAAUCAACAGAAUCCCGGGACCAAAGCCAUGGGCACUCACUUUUAGUUUUGGACGUGCUCUACAGGCUUCAGUCUUAGCCACAUGGAAAGGAAAGAAAGAAAAUGUCCAUGCGGCUCAGGAAGAACUAUUGAAAUUGGCCAAAGCAAAUGGUGCUGCUGCUGUUGGCAAAUUCGAAGGAAAUAUGGGAACUGCUUUGGGAGACAAAUCGUUGUUCGUGGCUAAUCAUGCUUAUUAAACCAUUAUAUCACCCAAAUGUUAUCUAAUUUGAAGCCCCUCAAUAUUUAGCACAACUAGUCGACAUCAUAACUAACUGACUAACAUUUUUCAUAUGAUUUAAGAUUAAACCAAUUUUCAGAUCAAUUCUGUUUUAUUCCUAUUUUUGUUCUUAAAUACCGCCAUACGUUACUUUUCUUAAUAAAAACAAUAUUUACUGUUGUACUUCAUAGUAUUAGCUGGUUUAUGAAGUCAUAAUAACCAAGUAAAUAUACAUUCUCCCCAU